ACCGGCUCAAAUAUGCAAAGAUAGAAAAGAGAGAGAACAAGAAGGCGUUGGUUUGAAGCCAAAGGAGAGGGAGCGAGGAACGAAUCGUCAGAGAUGGCGGUGAACCCUCAGCUGUUCCCCAACGGGAUGCCCGUGCCGUUCGUCGGCGAGAUGUUCGUGCUAGCCAGGGAUGGCGUCGAGUUCGAGAUCGACAAGAUCCCCGGAGAAGGCCAUGUGAAAUCAAGGGGGACUAUUUACUUGUCAAACAUAAGAAUGGUGUUUGUUGCAAAGAAACCUGUUGGACACGUUUUCGCUUUCGACAUGCCUCUGCUCUUUGUCCAUGGAGAAAAGUUCAACCAGCCAAUAUUUCACUGUAAUAACAUAUCAGGAUCCGUGGAACCUGUGGUUCCAGAGGGCCAGCACAGUGCGCUCUACUCAGCGCACAAAUUCAAAAUCUUGUUCAAGGAAGGCGGAUGUGGAACGUUCGUUCCUCUUUUCUUAAAUCUCAUUGGAUCUGUUAGGCGAUACAAUCAGCAUGCAGCUGCUUAUCGUGCUCAAGAAGCUGCAACCCGCAUGGAUCCACUGCAAGCUGCGCAGACUCCAGUUGAUGAUAUGAUGAGACGCGCGUAUGUUGAUCCGAAUGAUCCGACUAAGAUCUUCUUACAGCAGCCUACUCCUGAAUCUCAACUGAGGAGGAGAACAUAUCAUCCUAACCCAGCCGAGAGCAUGUACUGAGUAAGAUGCCAAGCCAUUGUCGUAUAAUAACAAGAUGUUUUUGUGGUUCUUGUAAUUGUGAUUCUCUGGACAUAGAUGUUUUGAACCUGAUGCGUUAAGAAACGUUUAUGGAGUCCAUGUCUGUAUAAGUUUGAUGUUCAUAUACGGUCGUUAAUUUGUGGAAUAUAUAUCAGUUGGUUUGUAAAA